AUGAGCCUGGUGGGAAAAUUGAAAACAAAAGUAGAUACUAGAAUUGAUUCGAUCGAUGUUAAAUUGGCCAAAACCAAUGCCGAACUAUCUACCUAUCAGCAGAAACUAAGCAAGAUGCGUGAUGGUCCCGGCAAACAGGCAAUUAAACAAAAGGCUCUGAAAGUGCUACAACGACGCAAGAUGUACGAAUCCCAACGAGAUCAACUGCAGCAGCAGUCGUGGAAUAUGGAACAAGCAGGGAUGAUGCAAGACAACUUGAAAAAUGUGAUGACCACCGUUGACGCAAUGAAGACGACGAAUAAGGCUCUGAAACAACAGUAUGGCAAGAUUAACCUCGACAAGAUUGAACAGAUGCAGGAUGAAAUGGCAGAUCUGAUGGAAAUUGGCAACGAGAUCAACGAGAGUAUAAGUCGGGCCUACGAUGUGCCGGAAGACGUAGAUGAGGCAGAAUUGGAUGCAGAACUGGAGGCCCUCGGAGAGGACAUGAUGUUUGAACAGGAAAUGGGGAUCGGGGAGAGCACUCCAGGCUACUUGCAAGAUGAAGUCGCCCCGCCACAAUUUGUGGAUGAACCUCCAGAACAGACCAAGGUCAAAGAGGCGGCCGGUGGCGUGGGUUGA